CAACCCUCCCCCUGCCCCCUGCGGUGCAGGGGCCGCCUGUACCCCGGCUGGGGCUCCGGCGGCCGAGGAGGGGCACGGGCCGGGGGCGGCAGGAGCGCGGCUGGCUGGGUGACUACCCCCAGCCCCGGCCUCGCUAACACGGUCGCGGUUUUGCUAAUGACCUGUCUUUUCCUCUCCCCUUCUCUCUUUAUUUAUUUCUGUAUCUCGUCGCUGCGUUUUGAAGCCCUCUGCGAAGCUCCGGCGGUGGCAAAGGCGAGGAGAAGGAGUUAGCUGGCCAGGGGAGAUGCUUUAGCUGCUCCCCCACUGCUGCGCUCGGGCUUCGCGCCAGCUGCCCGCCGUGCGGGGACGGCGGUGGCCGGCAGCCCGGGGUCAGAGGGGCUAAAGGACGAGCAAAGAGCCGGCCCUGGCGGAGGCUGGCGUCUGUAGAAAGCAUGUGAGCAGCUUUUUAUUAAUGAAGAGCCACUUGUUAUCACCAAUGUGCACAUGAAAUGGAAAAGGAACAAAUUCUGGAAAAACAACUUCUGUUUCAACCUUGCAAGAUGCUGCAUGAAGUGUGUCAUAAGACCUAUCGAAUCAAUUUAAGAGAGAUGAGAACAGAGGACCAAAUCAGCAUAUCUAAACCUGUUAGAUAAGUGUAAAGAAGUUUAAGUGACGGCUCUGCUUGAUCAAAAUGGUGGACACCGAAAACCAGCUCUAUCCCCUUACUCCCUUGGAGGAGGAUGAUAUAGGCAGCCCUUUAUCUGGAGAGUUCCUACAAGAUAUGGAGAACAUUCAAGACCUCUCUCAGUCUCUAGGUGAUGAGAGCUCUGGAGCUUUAAGUUUAACAGAGUUCCAGUCACUAGGAAAUGGUCCAGGAUCUGAUGGAUCAGUUAUAACAGACACCCUUUCACCAGCAUCCAGUCCUUCAUCCAUUAGUUUUGCCACAGCUCCAGGUAGCAUAGAUGAAUCACCCAGUGGAGCAUUAAACAUUGAAUGUAGAAUUUGUGGGGAUAAAGCCUCAGGCUACCAUUACGGAGUACAUGCUUGUGAAGGUUGUAAGGGCUUUUUUAGAAGAACUAUUCGUUUAAAACUCAUCUAUGAUAGAUGUGAUCGCAACUGCAAAAUUCAGAAAAAAAAUCGUAAUAAGUGCCAAUACUGUCGUUUUCAAAAGUGCCUUUCAGUUGGAAUGUCACAUAAUGCAAUACGUUUUGGACGAAUGCCAAGGUCUGAGAAGGCCAAGUUGAAAGCAGAAAUUCUAACAGGUGAAAAUUAUGUAGAAGAUUCAGAAAUGGCAGAUCUUAAAUCACUUGCCAAAAGAAUUCAUGAUGCUUACCUGAAAAACUUCAAUAUGAACAAGGUUAAAGCCAGAAUCAUCCUUGCAGGGAAAACUAAUAACAAUCCACCAUUUGUUAUACAUGACAUGGAUACCUUGUGUAUGGCAGAGAAGACCCUGGUGGCAAAACUGGUAGCCAAUGGAAUUCAGAACAAGGAAGCAGAAGUUCGAAUCUUCCACUGCUGCCAGUGUACAUCUGUAGAGACUGUCACAGAACUUACUGAAUUUGCCAAAUCUAUCCCUGGCUUCUCCAAUCUUGACUUGAAUGAUCAAGUGACACUCUUAAAAUACGGAGUUUAUGAAGCCAUAUUUGCCAUGCUAGCAUCUGUGAUGAACAAGGACGGGAUGCUGGUAGCCUAUGGAAAUGGUUUUAUAACCCGGGAAUUCCUGAAAAGCCUGAGAAAGCCAUUCUGUGAUAUAAUGGAGCCAAAAUUUGAUUUUGCAAUGAAAUUCAAUGCACUGGAAUUGGAUGAUAGCGAUAUAUCCCUUUUUGUUGCUGCCAUCAUUUGCUGUGGAGAUCGUCCUGGUCUUGUAAAUGUGGGACACAUUGAAAAAAUGCAGGAGAGCAUUGUGCAUGUACUGAAACUUCACUUGCAAACCAACCAUCCUGAUGAUACCUUCCUCUUCCCGAAACUUCUCCAAAAAAUGGCUGACCUCCGACAGCUUGUCACAGAGCAUGCGCAACUUGUUCAGAUAAUUAAGAAGACUGAAUCUGAUGCUCAUUUACACCCGUUACUACAGGAAAUCUACAGGGAUAUGUAUUAAGGAUUUUUAGUAUUUUUUUCCACAAUAUUUAAAGACAAGAGCAAUAGUAAUAACAGAUGGGAGCAAAACUACUUGCACAAUUUUCUGCUGUUCACUCAGUCCAGAGCAUGAAAAAUCUAAAAGCUGCAUAACUGGAGCGUUACACUUCUUUUGGUUUGGGAUCUUUUGUCGUCUUUUGAAAGAGUUCUGCAGAAAAAUGAUCAUAGUGCUCAUGAAGUGUCUUAAAAUGGUUCUUUUAUUCGGAAAUUUGAAGGUCGGUAAGGAAUACGUAUUUGUAUAAUAAAUCAGAAUGUUAAGUAACAGACAUGAACAAAAUUGUAUUUCCUCUUGGCUUAGUUAUUUUAGAAUUAACAUAACAAUUCAGCAAAUUCUCUCUGGGUAUAUGCACAAUCAUAAAGAUUAUGCACUUUUGGCUAAUGGUAAUUACUGAGAACCAACUAACACUUUUCCUUACAGCAGCCAGUCUAGGAGUAUCAAAUGGUUGGAUAUUACUGUAGAUACACACCUGAAAAAUUUGAAAGACCUUUGAUCCGCUGCUGGUUUAAUUCCAUGAAAUGCAGUACAGCUUCACACAGUAUCACAUUAGAUUACCUUAGGACUGGCAUGCUUAAAAGACGGUUCUUUUAUGAAAUUAAAUUAAAUCCGAAGAGUUAUCUAAAAUACAGCAGAGAUGCUCCAUUCAGGUGUUUCUUGAAGAGUAAAUGUGACAAAGCAAUGGAACCCUUUUCUCAAAAGUGUAUUAACGAAAUAUGAAAAUGUCUCUGAGGAAAAAUACAUCAUACCACGUGUAUUUUGGAGAACUUGUAAUAGCUCAGGUUGCUGUUUUGAACUUAAUACUAUUUUGAAUUAGCAAGUGUUUUGGAGAGACUGAAAAAUCUUAUCCUAGCCCAGAACAAAGAAUUUCAGCUGCAUAGCAUUCUAGUGCAGUGAUAGCUUACUCUGAAGAAAUGAUCGUAUAGGAAAGGCACCUUCUUUCUUGAGUAGUAUCUUGGCAGUAUAGAAUAGUGUGGACCUGUUUACAUUUCUGGUGAAUACACUGUUUUAGAUUUUUUCCAGUUACCCACUUGGACAUAUUUCCUUCUAUUCCUUCUUAGGCCUUGGCAAUGGAAGUAUUCGCUAGAUUGUUUCACCAAAUUUUGUCCUUGUUCAUACAGCCAUAGUGGAUAAGGUGACAAUAUCACCAAGAAUAGUGUUUGUAGGUGUCAGCUGUGUAAUACUCUGAAAGAGAGCACAGUUGAGAGUAAGUUUAUCAUGUUCCCAAGAGUAAACUGUGAUUUUACAAUAGUACUUACUCCUAAUGCAAAAUAAGCCAUAAGGAAACUGCCUGGCUUUGCCGUUUUACGGGAUCUUUUAUCAGAGUGUACUACACAAAAGUGCUAGUUGCAUGCAAGAAACUGCGCUAUUUCUGGUUUGUUUGUUUGUUUUUUUUUUAAUACUGUAACUUCACAUUAUUAUUUCUUUAUUUUACUAUUUGUUUCGUAACACAAAGAUCUCAGGAGCCAAUCUUAGCAUUUUCACAAUACUUAGGCUUUCAGUGGCACAGGAAGACACUUUGUACUUGUUUUAUUGUAGCACAUUUCAGUAUCUUAAACCUUCACUGCAAGAAUUAAGUAAGAUUGAUAAAGCGAGAACAUCACGCCAUGAUUCUUAUUUUAGUCACAACAUUUGUUUCUUUACAGGCCCGCUGGCAUGGCUAGACACUGGAUAAAUUACAGCUUUAAAAGCAAUUUGGUAUUUAUCCAAGCAAUGGUCAUUAGCAGAGGUUUUUAGCGUCAGAUAUAUUUAGUGUAAAAUACUGAAGCACAGGCCUCAAAUUUGGUGACCACCUGGGGCAGGAUAAGAACAAUAAAUGCAUGUGAACAAAACUCUCUCCCCUUCCCUGUCGCCAUGCGGCAACAGGAAGAAUAGGCCUUAUGUUACAACUACUGCUAAGACUUCAUUAAGAGAAGGUGGUUGUUGGUCUUAUCAGCAGAUGAGAAAUAGGUUGUCUUUUGUGUCUUGCAGCAGUACAUAGCAUGCCUUCAGAAAUAAUGAGGAUUUUAGCAAUGAUGCUGCUUUAGUCUUCAAGGCAGCCAUGUUUCACUAAGGAGCUGUGGGGUUUAGGCAUAAGACAUUGAGCAUUGAAAUAAUGGAUAUGCAAUAUUACUCACUCAAAUCAUCAAAAUAGCAGCCGUUCUGUGAUGGCAUACUGAAACUCUGAUAGCCAACUGUUUUAGGUUUGUCUUCUAAAAGAAGUGUAAGCUGAAUUUUUUUUCUCCAAAGCUCAGAUUUAUGCAAAGGGAAAAUUUCAAGGUUCUGUUCCCUAGUUUGGGUGUGCUGAAGUUUUUCAGGAAUAUCAGGCACCGUCAGUGUGGACAAUAACUAUUUUUCCUGCUCUUGUUCUUAGAAGUGUCUGAAAAACUUUACUGAAGUUUUUAAAAAAAUGUGGAAAAUUUAAUAAUAAACACUUAAAUUCUCAGCAAGACUAUAAAGAAUUGAAAACGGCAUCAUUCAGUGGAAGAGAUAACAUUUAGCUAUACUAGCAGCUGUUUGUAACAGGUUCCUGUUAUUGGCAUUAGGAAAGUGCGUAAUUUGCAUUUUUCCUGUUCCAGAUCCAUUUUGUUUCGUUAUUUGAAAACCAUCAAGCGUUUUUCAACUUGUUCCUUGGACACUGAAGUUUGAUUUCUGUUUUAAAUUAAAUUGCAGACUUUUAAUGAAAAAAAAAAAAAAGGAAAGAACACAUCUCUAAAUUACAAAAAUAGGAACAAGAUGUUAGCGUGGCCUAAAAUUAUGGAUAGAUUCCACUGCCCACGCUGCUGCACCGUGCACGUACCCACAGUUUCUUCAAAGAAUGACACAGGGCAGACGAUUCACUUCCUGAGUGUUAAUGGGCAAAAGAAGUUCUUAAUUUCUACAUUACACUUUUAACGAACCUCGUUAGCUACUUCAGUAGGUGCCUGCGGCAGGCUUUUGCCAAUUAGAUUUCAAAAUUACUCCGUUUAUGUUUGGGUUUUUUUAAGUUUGAAUCCUGAACUAGUUUGAGAUACAUUACUGAGGAGCCUUCAGCAUCUCUACCUUGUACAGAUCAUCUAAUAUUUUAAAAUACUCAUUCUGUGAAGGGAAAUAGUGAUCAGAUUUUAGCAUUAAAAAACUAUUAAAGAUUUCCUGGCUUGUUAGGUAUAGUUUUGAUCUGAUUCUUAUCAACAUGACUUAUUUUACUACCAUAGCACUGAAGAACUCUGUUAGCAACCAGGUACCCACAAACAGAUUAAGAAAAGAGACAACAGACGGGUAGAGAAAAAUCCUAGGAAACAAUGGUAUGACAAGUUUUCAUCAAGCUUCUAGCUUACUCAUUUUUGAGGGUUGGUUGGGGGGGUGUUAUUUAUUGGGAUGCCCUAGGUACUUUGACAGAUGGGAAGGAGAGAAAAAAACAAGGAAGCUUUUGUGUCAAGUGUUAGGGAAAUCUGAUGGUCAUAUUUAUCUCCUUAAAUAUUUUCUUUAAAGGCGCACUGUCUGCAGGGUAACAGCACACAACUGCCACUCAAAAAAAAAUCAGUUACUUUGUACCUUUUUAAAUUUCAGAAUGCCACUCUAAUUUUAGACACAAAUUGGCAGAUGAUAGGAAUGCUUUGCACUUGCAGUAGUUGAAUCUUUCUUUGCAUUUAAAGAAAUCAUUUCUAUUUAAUUGCCAUUUCCAUGUGCCUUUGUGCUUUGGUUCUAGCCAGCUGCUAGAAAGCUGAAGUGUUGCCAAAGAGCAUAUUUUUGCAUUAUUUCUGGCCCGCACAGAUUUAGGAAAUACCAGCAGUUGCACUAAGUCUGUUCUCAUGAGAGAGCUAGCACAAGUUUGCAAAUCAAAGAGCUUUAUUUAUAAGCAUCUAAACAUUUGUUUGUUUAUUCAAACUGCUAAAACUUGGGGAGAUUUAUGCAUCAUGAGAGCUGGGUCACAUACUGUUAAAUUUGAAUUUCCUCCUUAUUUCUAAUGGAGAGCCUGGAUGACUUACACACCACCUCAGACAAAGCAGUUGGGGAAGAUGACACUGUAGCUGCCUGUACUGUCUGAAGAGGAACAAUUUCAGCUCUGUCUCUCCUUAAAAGCAUCCCUGUUACUUAGCUGAAAAUCUGCAACUACAUUUAACAAAUGCAUUUGCAGCAGUUGUGAUAUUGCUUAAGCAUAAGGUCGUAAAAAUAAUGGUCCUUCCCUGAAAACCCUAGUCCUUUAAUAAGUGUUGAAAUGCAAGUGUGGUAUCUGGUGCUUGCUUGUAUCUCAAGUGCUGUCUUGAUAAUCAGUUGCAUAUAAUUUUUUUGAUGUAGGUUUAAUCAGCUUUAUUAUCCUUUUACUAGAGAUAUAAAAUAUAUGUGGGUUUGAUCUGAGAGUAUUGAUAUUGUUACGUAUUGUGGGAUUUUUUUAAUUUAAUGUAAUACCAUUUCUUCAUGUUUCAAGUUGUAAAAUACAAGAAUAUAAUUGCAAGGUAUAAAUUUUCACUAAAUCAUAUUACAGAGGUGCUUUAAGAAAAAUAUGUAAAUUAUUUAAUUUAAAUAUUUGUUUCAUACUUUAUCUUGUGAACCCUUUUGUACAGUGAGGAAAGAUUUACUUUUAUGGGGUAAGGAUGAUGGGCCUGAAGUCAAAGACAAACUGCUAUUUAUUCCUGUCUGGUCUUUAUUACUGUAUCGUUUGUAAAGAAGUAUCACAAAUUCUGUGACUUACCUGUCUCUUUGGUAUUGACAUCUGUAAGAAAUUUUUGAAAUAUAUUUUCACAUAGAACAUAGACUUCCUUUUAUUUAAUUUUAAUAAAAGUAAGUCUAGGUGAGGAAGAGCUGUAAGCCCAAAAUCGAGUUAAUACCUCUAAUGUUUUAACUCAAGUUCACCAAUAUGAAAGUUCACAGAACUAAGUUCAUCUUUGCUUUACAGCACGGUUUUUCGUUUCCCGUAAAGAGAAGCUAAAAAGACCUAGGUCCUGUUAGUACUCCAUUUUCUGAGGAACUGAUUUGUGGCUUGCUAAGUAACAAUGUGUGCUCAGGAUUAUUUCCUGCUACCUGCACUGAGGUCGAUCUGCAGUUUUUAUAGACAUAUUUUAAAAUACGUCAUCUGGCAGUGCAAAACACGAUGCUGCAAUGCCAUUAUUGACUUUUCUGUAGGAGUGAUCCCUUUGUGAUUUUAAGUAGAGAUGAAUUCGGAAUCUGUUCAUAGGGAUUCUGCAUCCUGUGACUCAGGUGUGACAGUCUGUGCCUACAGCAUUCCUGCUAACGAAUCCUCUUACAGCAACAAAUUACCUUUUAAAGGUAUACCUUUUAUUUCACUCUGGUCAAAACAUAGCAUCUAGUACAAGCACAGUAUAUGACAAAUGUUCCAGAUUAUACUUACCGCAUUUUAUUUAUAAUAGAUAAAAUUUAAUUUCCCCAAAUCGUUGCAGCUUGACAUUUUCCCUUGAUCAGUGUCACCACGCAGGUGUAUUGUCUACGAAGAUGUUUGUGUCAUGGUUGUAAAAGCUCUAAUGGCCUUACUUGUGGUAACCUACAGCUACUUCUUUUCUCACUUUCAUAGGCAGCAAUGAAAAAAAAAAACCUGUGAAAGAUACAAGCAGAUACAUCACUUUACUCUGUAAAUACGUGGUAAAAAUUCAUGGUUAACUAACCCCAUCCCAGGACAAGGGUGUUUCCGCUUUUGUUUUCUCUAAUGUGCUUACCGGUUUUUUAAAAUCUUUUUUGGCUUCUGAAGCUGUUUUUUUUGUGUUGUUUUGUUGUGUUUUUUUUUAACUCCUUUAUUGCGUUAGUCGAUCUUGUCAGAUUCCAUCGCAAGGGUGUUUCAAAACAGAAUUCCUAUUGCGAGGACCUCAAUUUCAGAUGAGUUGCCUCUGCCCAGGGGAUAGGCCGCAUGCACAAAAGAUUAAGCUGAUUACAGGCUGGGCCUUAAGUAAGGACUGCAAGAUCAAGCGUAAGGUACUUGAAGUUGUUUUUAAGUAUUUUGGUAUAUUUUCUCAGUUGGAUAUGCAGGUACAGUAGUCCCUAUUGUGGAAAAGACACCAGCCUUAUGAUCAAUGCAAGAAGUUUCAUGGCAUUCUUUACACUUGAAAGAAAAAAAAAAAAGGGUGGUAUGGGAAAAUACUAACCAGCUGAAAUACUGGCAACAUGCAAGUCCUGCAUCCUGCUCCUGCUGUGUAGGAGUGCAGUAUAAUCAUUCGAAAUCUGUUUGUGAUGUGCAACAGGAACUGUAAGAAGGUUAGCAAACCUUCUGGUGGGUGAUUCAUAUGCAAAUCCACGCUUCGUUACCUCCGGCACAUCCAGAUACUCUAGGUAUGUUUUGCCACACGGUAGCGUAGGGUUGCCUUCGUGGAGACACAGUGCCUUUGCCCUCCUGUUAGCAACAGGGGUGCUGGCGGUGCCGCGUGCGUAUUCAGACGGGUAUCCACGGGCACUCGCCGGCAGCGCCGACCGGCAGGCGGCUACCGAGUGGACCACUACGGCUCUUCUGCCGCCGGCCUUCGCGCAGGCAGUGGGAGGGAGCGGCUUCUGAUCAAAUAAUCCAUCCCUCUCCCCUGGGAAAUGAAUCCCGUGGGGUAGGUGCCUGUGUGAAGCCAUGGCUCCAUCUCAGUAGCCCCAAAUACUUUCCUCUGGUUUCAGAAGCGGAAGAACAUUCACGGCUUUAGUAAUUUCUUUAGUAAUGACAAAUCUAAUCAACAUUUUAAUAUUACAGAUUUUAACAAGAACACCCCUCUUAGCUGUUUGACACAGUCUGCUUUAUCAGCUUCUUGGAUGAGCUGCAUUUCAUAUUGCUCCUGCUAUUUCACAGCUUAUACAAACAAUUGCUCCUAAUUUUCUUGAGGAAUGUAACACAAAAGUUUAAUUACAUCAUGAUGUUAAAACCCUUUAUCAUGUCUUAAAUUGUCUGUUAUCUGAUAUGACACAAAAAAGCACAUUUUUGUCAAUGUUGCCAAACCCUAAUCGCUAGAGCUAACAAGUGUUUAAUUAAAUCAAGAUAUCAAUAUUAAAGAGAAAAAAAAGAACAACCCAGAUCAUUGUUUCCAGUCACUUCUGUUUUUAGGAGAUUUGGGGUACGUUUUAUUACAGUGAAUACGGAACUUACAAAGAGUAGACAUUUCUUGCAGGGAGUAGUCAAACCUAAUUCUCAUGGAAUGCUUGUUUCCCAGUAAAAUACCACUAUUUCAAGCCAAGUUCCCAAGUUUCUUUCUGUCAGAACAAAGCAAAUGACAUUUUCAAGAAAGAAUGGAAGCCCUGGUCUCAGAGGGGUUUAUAGGAAAGACAGUCUCUUGCACUUAUGUAAUGCUCACAUUCACGUAGCUAAAUAUGACAAUGCAUUCUCAAAGUUACCAGCCUAUUGAUCUGGGAUGAAAAGACUUGAACUAAACAUUUUUCUUCUUUUUUACAUUCUGAUCUUUUUUUCUGUCUCCUUUGAAAAUAAGAGGUUGAAUGCAUAGUGUUUGUAUAGAGACUGCUAGGAACCUAUGUGCUUUAAAAAAAAAAAGUCAUCCUUUAAGAUUGAAUGUAAACACGGUUAAUUUGAAAUAUGGUUUUGCCUUAAUGGUUUUGAAAAAAUAAAGUAUUUUUAAAAGUGA